AUAGCCCACAUGCCCAAAGGAUGCCAGCCUGGGUGUUCAUCCUAGUCAUCUGCUGCCUCUUCCUCUUGCCCAGCGGGGCUACCACCCAUGUCAGCAAUGAAGAUGCCUCACUCCUGGCGGAAGAGCCCGAGCCACUGCGCUGCUUCUCCAAGCAGUAUGAGGACCUUACGUGCUUCUGGGAUGAGGUAGAGGAGGAGGAGGAGGAGAAGGAGGAAGACUGCGUUGAAGAAAAAGAAGAGAGUGGGGAGGAAGAUCCAGGGCCCUACAAACUUUUCUUCGCCUACCCCGGUUCCCACGCCAGGAGAGCACAGGGGCCUCCGGGGUCCCUUAGAUCCGUGCCCGGCCCGCAGGGAGGAGCCCCAAAGGUGCCCACUGAGCUGCCAGAGGCUGCCCGAAGGAGGGCUCCGCCACGUUUGUCAAGUCCAGCCUGCAGACGGCGGCGUGCGCCUCUUUGCCAAGCUGACGUUGUGGGUGUGGGACCCUGCCAAAGACCGAAACCGGACCCAACGAGUGCUCAGCUUGGAAAACGCCUGCCUGCCCCACCAAAGAACAUCACUGCAAUGACUUCCGGUCAGACUGGGGAGCUGCAAGUCACGUGGGAGGUGCAGCCCUCAGAAAUUAGUGACUUCAUGCAGCAUGAACUCCAAUAUGGCCCUUUGGACCCCAGCAAUUCUGCUCAGCCCACAGUCACAGCGCUGCUUCAAGCACCUAUGUGCUGCCCAUUCAUGAGGUGGCCACACACCCAGCCACACCAGGCCACUGCAACCCCUAAGCCUGACCUGACUCCAGCUCAGCUUCCAGGGACCCAGUCUAUACAGCAGUACCCUACCAUCGAGGGACCCUCCAGAAAAGGAUACAUGAGCCAGGGACCUGCCAUCAGGGGACAUACAGUGCCACAGCGGAAUGGCCCAGGGCAGCUUGGGGCCACCAGAGAAUCCCAAGAGCUAAUCGGUGGAAGCUGUAUCAUCUCAGGGUUUCAGCCUGGGAUCUCAUAUUGGCUCCAGCUCCGGAGCAAGCCUGAUGGAAUCUCCCUCAAGGGUUUCUGGGGACCAUGGUCAUCUCCUGUAACAGUAACCCUGCCACAGGAUGCAAGGGAAAUUGGGCUGCAGUGCUUUACUCAGGACCUGGAGCACAUCACAUGCCAGUGGCAAGGACCAGCCCAUCCCACCGCCUCACAUGGCUACUUCUACCACUGGAGACCCAGCAGCUGCCCUAAGAACAGGGGCCCAGACUGGGAGAAAUGUGAGAAGAUGGACUCCAGGGCAGAGGAAACCCCAAUCUCCCACUGCCACUUCGAGUCUCGAAAUGACAGUGCCAUUCACAUACUGGUGGAAAUAACCACUGAACUAGGCACCAUCCAGCAAUACCUUGCCACUCCCUUCUGGAUGCAUCAAAUCGUUCUCAUUGAAGCUCCAGAGCUGCAGUGGACAGUCGGGUUCAACGGGCAGCUCAAGCUGACUUGGAGGCCCCCUUUGCCCUGGCUACCAGGGCAGACCCAUUACCAGCUCCGAUACUCUGGGCAGAAGCUGGGCCACUGGAAGGUGCUGGAACCUCCGAGGGGCGCGCUGGGAGAAACACUGGAGCUCCGGCCCGGGGCGCAGUACCGAUUGCAGCUGCGCGCGCGGCCUGACGGCCCCACCUAUCACGGACCUUGGAGUGCCUGGUCUGCGCCUGCGCUCGUGGAGGUUGCUCCAGAGAGCGGCUGGGUCUCCGUGGUGACGAGCGUGGUGCUGACGUUGGGCUUCGGCGGCCUCGUGGGCCUCGUGUUGCGGCGCCUCUUCCCGGCGCGAUUCAGGUCCAGUACUAUGGCUCAGUUUGUAUUUGAGAAUGACCUGCACUCCCUGCUCCAGCUGGACACAUCUAUUGUCAACGCACCUCCUGCUCGAUGGCAGCGCAAAGCUAAGGAAACCCCCGGGCCCCCCCCUUCCCCAAUGCGCACAGCGAACCGAUCACACAGCUCCGGGAGGACACCAGGCCGGACUCCUGGCAAAUCUGGUUCUAAGACACAAAGCACUCCUAGUAAGGCGGGCGGGGAUCGCUACAUCCCCCAUCGAAGCGCAUCCCAGAUGGAGGUGGCUAGCUUCCUGCUGAGCAAGGAGAAUCAGCCAGCCAACCACACGCCCACCAGGAAGGAGCAGCAGAAAGCCUGGUCCUUGAAUCUAAAUGGUUUCGAUGUGGAAGAAGCCAAGAUCCUCCGGCUCAGUGGGAAGCCUCAGAAUGCCCCAGAGGGCUAUCAGAACAGCCUUCGGGUGCUGUACAGUCAAAAGGCCACGCCAGGCUCCAGCAGGAAGAAGACCUGCCGCUAUAUCCCCUCCCUUCCUGACCGAAUCCUAGAUGCCCCUGAGAUUCGGAAUGAUUACUACCUGAACCUCAUGGACUGGAGCUGUGGCAAUGUGCUGGCUGUGGCUCUGGACACAUCUGUGUACCUGUGGAGCGCGGGCUCAGGGGAGAUCCUGCAGCUGCUGCAGACAGAGCGGCCAGGGGACUACGUGUCCUCUGUGGCCUGGAUCAAGGAGGGAAACUACCUGGCCGUGGGCACCAGCAGUGCAGAGGUUCAGCUAUGGGAUGUCCAGCAGCAGAAACGGCUUCGAAACAUGAGCAGCCACACAGCGCGUGUAGGCGCCCUGGCCUGGAACAGCUACAUCCUCUCCAGCGGGUCUCGGUCUGGCCACGUCCAUCACCAUGAUGUCCGAGUGGCUGAACACCAUGUAGCUACGCUGAGUGGACACAGCCAGGAAGUGUGCGGCCUACGCUGGGCCCCUGAUGGCCGAUACCUGGCCAGUGGAGGCAAUGACAACUUGGUGAAUGUGUGGCCCAGUGCCCCUAGUGACGGGGGCUGGGGUCCCCUGCAGACCUUCACUCAGCACGUGGGUGCAGUCAAGGCUGUGGCCUGGUGUCCGUGGCAGUCCAACGUGCUGGCCACUGGAGGUGGCACCAGCGACCGGCACAUCCGGAUCUGGAACGUGUGCUCAGGAGCAUGUCUCAGUGCCGUGGAUGCCCAGUCCCAGGUGUGCGCCAUUCUCUGGUCCCCACACUAUAAAGAACUCAUCUCUGGCCAUGGCUUUGCCCAGAACCAGCUGGUCAUCUGGAAGUACCCGAGCAUGGCCAAGGUGGCCGAGCUCAAAGGUCACACAGCCCGGGUCCUGAGCUUGACCAUGAGCCCUGACGGCUGCACCGUGGCCUCAGCUGCCGCUGAUGAAACCCUGCGCCUCUGGCGCUGUUUCGAGCUGGACCCUGCGCGGCGGCGGGAGCGGGAGAAGGCGAGCGCAGCCAAGAGCAGCCUCAUCCACCAGGGCAUCCGCUGAGGCCUGCCCCAGCUCCACCCCCUGCCCACUGGGUUUUAUUUUUCUAAUAAAGACAUCUGUCCCCCUGC